CUUUCAAGAAGGUUACAGUUUAAAUUUCUGCAUUCUGCACUAGUUUUAGUAUUAGCUUCUGAAUUUGCACUGGACUGAAGAACGAUGUCAAAAGAAGGAAUCCCCCCAAGAGAAUAUCGUCUCCAGUACAUCAGAGGAUUGCCAAUUUUUCAUUCCCCACGAUUUUCAAAAGAAAAUUUUGAAGCAGCUCUCGAUUAUCAGCCGCAAGAUGGUGACAUAAUCAUUGCUUCGUAUCCUAAAACUGGAACGACCUGGCUGCAGUACAUCGUUCUUCAGAUCCUUUCCAAGGGCAAGUCCUUUCCUAGUUUUAACGACCUAAUGUUUAAGGAAGCGCCUUAUCUCGAAAUGGCGGGGAUUGCAUCAAUUGAAGCACUGAAGAAACCCAGAGUUUACAAGCAUCAUUUUCCUUACAACUUGGUGAAGAAAAACGAAAAAGCUAAAUGUGUCUAUAUCUAUCGAAAUCCUGAAGAUACGGUGGUUUCCUUUUAUCACCACACACAAAGUGUCACUUUCAACUCUGACAUCGAUUUUGAUCAGUAUGUUAAAGAUUUCAUAUCGGCUAAUGUUCCUUAUGGGAGCUAUUUCGAACACGUCAAAUCUUACUUGGAUCAUAAGGAUGACAACAAUCUUCUGAUUUUAACUUAUGAGGGUUUGCAUAGUAAUACGAAGGAAGAAUUUUUGAAAAUUGCUAAAUUCUUAGGAGAAGAAUAUUACAAAGCGUUAUCAAAUGAUGAUUCAUUGUUAAAUAAGAUAAUAAAACAAACAAGUUUUGAAAACAUGAAGAAUAAUUUGUAUUACGUUCUUCCAGAUACUAUUUCUAAGGAUUCUUUUAAACAUGGGCCUCAAAAAGUUGAGUUUUUUAGAAAAGGUACUACAGGAGAAGGAAAGAAACGUCUGUCGCCUGAGCAACAGGACAGAUUAAGAGAAGUUGCUGAAAAGGUUCUUGAAGGAACUGAUGCUAUGAGUAAAUGGUAUUCAAAAGAAAUUACUUGUUAAUGAAUAUCAAUCAAUAUUUUCAAUUGAAAUAUCUUUUUACUCUUUGAAAUGAUACCUUUAUAUAUAUAUAAAUUAGGCUUAAAGCACUGUAUUAACCACGACACAUAAAUAUAGCACUGAUGCUUGUAAAAUGCAGAUGUUGUGUCUGAAAUUUAUUAUUCAAUAAUUCUCUGAGCAGUUUUACAUUGUAAAAAAUGGAAGAAUUUCUUAUGAAGUGUCAAUCUGAUAAAAGUUUUCAUUUCUUACUCUGCUAUUGAAAUUUCCAGCAAUAAAAAUUAUAGAAUUUAAAA